AUGUCUGAAAUCUUUAGCUUUGCUGGUGAGAAUGAUUUUUACCGUCGUGGGGCGAUUUACCCAAAUCCAAAGGAUGCUAACCUUUUACUGUCGCUUGGUAGUCUCGUGGAUUGCUAUUUCCCUCCUUGCAAGAGGUCGCGCGUCGUUGCACCUUCUCUAUACAGUGCUUUUGAGGAAAAGCCAGUCUCUAUUGAUGUUCUCCCAGAUGAGUGCCUCUUUGAGAUCUUUAGGCGUUUGUCUGGAUCGCAAGAGAGGAGUGCUUGCGCUUCUGUCUCGAAACACUGGCUUACACUUGUAACUAGCAUCCGACAAAAUGAGCUUGAUGUUCCCUCCAGCCAAAAAACCGAAGAUGGUGAAGAUUGUGAGGGAUGCUUAUCUAGGAGCUUAGAUGGAAAGAAGGCAACAGAUGUUAGACUAGCUGCUAUUGCCGUUGGAACAGCUAGCCGUGGGGGUCUGGGCAAACUGUCUAUUAGGGGAAGCAAUUUUCCUAGCAAGGUUUCAGAUCUUGGUCUUAGGUCGAUUGGUCGGAGCUGUCCUUCUCUUAGGGCUGUUUCCCUUUGGAACCUUUCUACCAUUACUGACAAUGGCCUCUCAGAGAUUGCUGAGGGUUGUACUCAACUUGAGAAGCUUGACCUGAGCCGAUGCCCUUCAGUCACGGACAAGGGUUUAGUAGCGAUUGCUAGGAGCUGCCCUAACUUGACUGAGCUGACAUUGGAGGCUUGUUCGAGAAUUGGAGAUGAGGGCCUGCAAGCUAUUGCACGAUCCUGCUCCAAGCUGAAGUCAGUCUCUAUCAAGAACUGUCCUCUUGUCAGGGAUCAAGGAAUCGCCGCCCUUCUGUCUAACACCACCUGUUCCUUGGCAAAACUUAAGCUUCAGAUGCUGAAUGUUACUGAUGUGUCUCUUGCUGUUGUGGGUCAUUACGGCUUGUCGGUCACUGAUCUUGUGCUCUCUGGAUUGUCACAUGUGAGUGAGAAGGGAUUCUGGGUCAUGGGAAAUGGCGUUGGGCUGCAAAAACUUAAUUCUCUAACCAUCACAGCCUGCCAGGGAGUCACUGACAUGGGGCUUGAAUCUGUGGGAAAGGGCUGUCCGAACGUGAAAAAGGUGUUGGUUAGUAAGUCACCAUUAUUAUCCGACAACGGGUUGGUCUCUUUUGCAAAAGCUUCUUUAUCAUUGGAGAGUCUUCAGCUUGAAGAGUGCCACAGGGUCACCCAGUUUGGGUUUUUUGGUUCCCUUUUGAACUGUGGCGCAAAGUUGAAGGCUUUCUCUCUGGUGAACUGUUUGGGCAUCAGAGAUCUAACCACAGGUCUGCCUGCUUCAUCUCAUUGCAGCGCACUGCGCUCCCUGUCUAUUCGUAACUGCCCUGGCUUUGGUGAUGCUAAUCUUGCAGCCCUAGGGAAGCUGUGCCCACAGCUUGAGGAUGUUGAGCUGUAUGGGCUCAAGGGGAUAACAGAGUCUGGUUUUCUACAUCUACUUCAGAACCCUCUUGUGAAGGUGAACUUCAGUGGUUGUUCCAAUUUGACUGACAGAGUGAUCUCUGCCAUCUCUGCUUGCAACGGUUGGACUCUUGAAGUCUUAAACGUCGAUGGAUGUACCCAGAUCUCUGAUGCCAGCUUGGUUGCCAUUGCAGCAAACUGCCAGAUUCUCAGUGAUUUGGAUAUUUCGAAAUGCUCAAUCUCGGAUUCUGGGAUUCAAGCGUUGGCUUCCUCUGACAAACUCAAGCUUCAGAUCCUAUCCAUGGCAGGUUGCUCUUUGGUCACAGACAAGAGCUUGCCAGCCAUUGUAAGGUUGGGUUCAACUUUGUUGGGAUUAAAUCUCCAACAGUGUCGAUCCGUGUCAAGUUCCACUGUCGAAUUCUUAGUCGAGCAGCUUUACAGAUGCGACAUCCUCUCCUGA